CCAUGAUACCUUCAGAAAUGUGUUGCUCCUUUUGACUGAGUAACACUUUAGUCCUAUUGCUUAGAUAACCCAACUUAUUUACUUAGUGUAAUAAUGUCUCUGGUAGUCUGAAAUAUUUUUAAAAUAUUAUUUAUUUUUAGCACCAAAAGAAGAUAUUCUCAUCUAUUCUCCAUGAUUGUAUGAACAGUUGAUGUAACAAUGGUACUAAUACUGGGGCGCAGAUUGAACAGAGGGGAUAGCCGGGUCCAAGAAUCCCCAGUAACCAAGCGUAAAGUUUUUGAGAUGGACCCAAAGUCUUUAUCAUGCCAUGAGUUCUUCGAUUUUUCUUCUGGAUCAUCCCAUGCUGAAAGCAUACUUCAAACCUUCAAUGAAUUUCGUGAUAGUCGCUUGUUCACAGAUGUAAUAAUCUGUGUUGAAGGCAGAGAAUUUCCCUGUCAUCGUGCUGUUCUUUCAGCUUGCAGCAGCUACUUCAGAGCUAUGUUUUGCAAUGAUCACAGAGAAAGUCGGGAGAUGUUGGUAGAAAUUAAUGGAAUUUUUGCUGAAGCCAUGGACUGCUUUUUACAAUAUGUAUAUACAGGCAAGGUAAAAAUCACAACAGAUAAUGUGCAGUACAUCUUUGAAACAUCAAGUCUCUUUCAGAUAAAUGUUUUGCGUGAUGCAUGUGCUAAGUUCCUGGAAGAGCAGCUAGAUCCUUGUAACUGUUUAGGAAUUCAACGUUUUGCUGAUACACAUUCUCUCAAAACACUCUUUACAAAAUGCAGAAAUUUUGCACUGCAAAAUUUUGAGGAUGUGGCCCAGCAUGAAGAAUUUCUUGAGCUUGGAAAAGAUGAACUUAUUGAUUACAUUUGCAGUGAUGAACUGGUAAUAAGCAAAGAAGAGAUGGUGUUUGAAGCAGUUAUGCGCUGGGUUUACCGAGCUGUGGAAUCCAGGCGCUCAGUUCUACAAGAAAUUCUCACACAUGUGAGAUUGCCUUUGUUACAUCCUAACUACUUUGUUCAGACAGUGGAAGUAGAUCAAUUGAUCCAGAACUCACCAGAAUGUUACCAAUUGUUGCAUGAAGCAAGAAGGUACCAUGUCCUUGGAAAUGAAAUGAUGUCUCCAAGAACUAGACCGCGAAGAUCAACUGGCUACUCUGAAGUUAUAAUUGUUGUUGGAGGUUGUGAGCGUGUUGGGGGAUUCAAUUUGCCAUAUACAGAAUGUUAUGACCCAAUGACAGGAGAGUGGAAAUCACUGGCUAAAUUACCAGAAUUUACAAAGUCUGAAUAUGCAGUUUGUGCUUUGAGGAAUGACAUCCUUGUUUCAGGUGGAAGAAUCAACAGCCGUGAUGUGUGGAUUUAUAAUUCUCAACUUAACAUUUGGAUCCGAGUUGCUUCUCUAAAUAAAGGGAGGUGGCGUCAUAAAAUGGCUGUCCUCCUUGGUAAAGUGUAUGUGGUUGGAGGAUAUGAUGGGCAAAAUAGGCUGAGCAGCGUGGAGUGUUAUGACUCAUUUUCCAAUCGAUGGACAGAGGUAGCUUCUCUUAAAGAAGCUGUGAGUUCUCCAGCAGUUACCAGCUGUGUUGGCAAACUGUUCGUGAUUGGUGGAGGUCCAGAUGAUAACACAUGCUCUGAUAAGGUUCAGUCGUAUGAUCCUGAUACUAAUUCUUGGCUACUUCGUGCAACAAUCCCCAUUGCAAAGAGAUGUAUUACAGCUGUAUCAUUAAACAAUCUUAUUUAUGUUGCUGGAGGACUUACAAAAGUAAUAUAUUGCUACGAUCCAGUUGAAGAUUAUUGGAUGCAUGUGCAGAACACAUUUAGCAGACAGGAAAACUGUGGCAUGUCUGUCUGUAAUGGGAAAAUCUAUAUCCUUGGUGGGAGAAGAGAAAACGGAGAAGCCACAGAUACUAUUCUUUGUUAUGAUCCUGCAACAAGUAUCAUUACAGGAGUAGCUGCCAUGCCCAGGCCAGUAUCAUACCAUGGCUGUGUGACUAUUCACAGAUACAAUGAUAAGAAGAAUUUUUGAGUAAGAAAUCAGGCUUAUUUGUAGGAUUCAUUUUAAGAAAAGGAAAACUGCCUUUUCCAAAGUGUCAUCUGGAAAGAAACAACUGUUGUGUUUAAAUGAAAUGUAAUCAAACAUGAUUUUUAAAUAUUUCUCAUAGCUGUGAUUUCUAACAUGUUCUGAAAUCAUUAACAGUUGAUAUUACUAAAUAGAUCAUGCUCAUGUCCGUAUUGUAAUUUUUUCAUGUUUAUUUCAAACUGUUUUAUCUGCAUUUUUCGUAUUUUUUUACUGUGGUAAGUACUGUUUACUAUCAAAGAUAUGUGAAAAUUUGAGUUUAUAUUUGUGAUUUAUGUGUAAAUGGUUUAAGUAAUACUAUUUGCCUUUUUCAUUUUCUUUCAUUAAUUGACAUAUUUAUAGAACUGCUGUUAGAAUAAUUUUUAAAAUAUUUGAAGAUCUGAACAAUGAUAUAUGCCUGUGUUGACUUUCAUUAUCAUGAAAGACUUUUCAUCAGAAAGCAUACUAAAAAAUAUUUAGGUCCAUCUGUAUGUAGGAUCAUUCAGUUAAGGGAGUGUUUCAUUUUUCUAGUAUAUGGUAUGUGAUUACUUUCCGUUUUACUUCUAAAUGACAGCUUAAAACAUCUUACUUCUUAAAUCUUCAGAAUUCCCAUCUGAAAUUAAGUAUCACAUUAUAGUUGUCCAUUAGAAGUGUCCCAAGGAAGCCAUAAUUAAGUUUAAGACUCUGUCACUCACUAUACUAGGUUUCCAUAUUGUUCCCAGGUUGGUAAAUAACAACUUUAGAUUUAACAAUAUCCAAGUGGUAAGGAGUUUUUGUUUUAAGAUACAGUAGAACCAACGAACAAGUAGUUGAUGAAUCAUUCUUUGUCUUCCAUUAAAGAAUGAAAACAUCUGCCAUGUAGCUGUUGUUAAUAUUUUUCCAGAUAGCUACACCUCUCUCUGAUAUGAAUCAUUUUCUGAAUUCUAUUUUUUCUGUAGCAUACCCUGUACAACUUGAAUAAAUUUGACAUAUUUAAUUUAAUGUAGAAAAUGCAUAUUAAAGACAUGAUUUCUAGGCACAAAAAUGAUAAGUAUACAUGUAACUGGCACUGUUGUGUUGCAUAUUGCUGUGGUCAGUAGUUGUAUGACCAUAAUAUGAAAAGCAUUUACAAGAACAUGCUUUACAAGAAAAUUCACUAUACCAUCUUAUAUAUCAAUGUUUGCUUCCUGAAUAUUUGCCAACUGUAUGAACUUGAAUAUAUAUAUAUGACAGGUGUUACAUUUGCUUAAUUUGCAAUAUAUAAUUAUUAUACUGCUCUGAAUAUUAGGAACUUUCCGUGGACAUUCUCACAUAGGGAAGUUGUAUAUUAUUUUUACAUCUCCAUUUUUACAUCUGGCCAUGUUCAGCCAACAUAGUGUACAAUUGCUUGACUGGACUGAGAGGCUUAUUCCCCCAUAUAAACUAACAUUUAACCUUUCAGUGAAAUAAAUUACCAGGAACUGAGUGAAGCAAGGUUCCCUGAAAUAUACCUGAUUUAAUAGUUGAUUUUUAAACAGUUAUAUACUAUAUGGCCUGAAAUUUCUGAAGCCUUGAAAUCUUAUGUGAGUAACUGUGUACAUUCAUCAAACAUUUGUUUUAACAAGGAUAUGGCUCAAAAUUGAUUAUUUACUGAGUGCUUUUUCUUAUAUAUAUGCAUGUGUUCACAGUAGGUGCCAUUAUAUACUUUUAGCAUUGACUAUACUUCUAUUAUUGGAAGCUGUGCAGUAGAUUAUACCAGAUUAUUGAAUAAUAUAUGAAUUAACAGUCAAAUGAGUUUAGUUUCUGUGACUAGAGAAAUCCAGUUAAGUCCUUUUGUUCCAGCAGUGGAACAAGAAUAGAUUUUUAUAAAAAUCAAAGGAGUUGUUCCCUCUCUUGAUUCCAGUGAGAAGCUAUUCUGUUAGUGAAAAGGAAUGCAUUGGAUUUUACCAAUAACAUAAAAAUACAUUAAGUCAGAGGUGGGUAAUGUGUUGCCUUUGAGUCCCCUUUUGCAGCCCACAAAAUGUUUGGUCAUUAUUUCUGAAAACUGAUGGUACUGUUUCCUGCCAUUGCAAGGUUAGGAGCAAAUGAAAACUAUGGAGUAAGUCCCAAACCAAGUCCUAUCAGAGUUAAACAAAAUUCAGAACCUCAUGAAUUUCCCUGGAAACGCACUCUUGUCUACAUAUGUGAUGUGAUCCCACCUGCUAUGCAGCCCUUUAUCCUACAAAAGCCAUUUUAGUGUGACCCUUGGCCAUCAAAGGUUGCUACUUUUGCAUGAAAGAUAUCACUUAGCAGGUUUUUGUUAUAGCAAUGUCAAAGCAUUCCUAUUUUGAAUGUAAAAGAGGUCACAACUGGCAAGUGUUGAACCAACUGGAUGGAACACAACUGCAGCUCUUCUUGGCCAAGAGUCUUCUUCAUUUUAGAAGUGUUCUUUCUAAAAAUGAGGCAUACCUGGAUAAUAGUAUGGUAAUGGUAUAUGUAACUCACCUUGGCAUAUUUGUUUGCUUGCUUAUUUUCAGCUACAGUGAAGAAAUAGUGUUUCCUUAAAACUUUAUAGCUACUGUUUGGGUCAUAUUUGUUAUCCUAAUUAACCACAAGAAAUUCCUGUUUCUAGUUCUGAAUGAAUCAAGCUGAAGCUAUCUAUUUGAAAAUGUGACCAAUGCAUGCCAUCUGUUUAUACAGUUUGAUAUAUCAUGCCAAAUAAAUCUUGCUUGUCAUCUACAAGAAAUUUGCCCUAUUUUACCUUUUGGUUAUUCUACCCUAAUUUUUCAUGCUUGCUGUUUUGCUUAGAAUCCACUCAAUGCAAUUCAAAUGGACAUGGCAGAAAAAAAUCACCCACUAGUUUUGUAUUUACAUAUUUCAGCAAGAAUCACUACAGAUACAUAAUCUAUAUAUAGUUUACUUGGUUUUAUUGUAAUAUACUGGAGCGUUUUUCUGUGACUUCAGCCACUGGCCUGCAUUUUGAUGCUGUCACAUUGGUUAAAUCAAAUAUACCGGAUAUUAGAUCUUAUUGAAAUCAAUUCCAGUGAUUAAAGUUGAGAUCCCUACAUAAAUUUUUAGGGAUUACCUUAAUCUAACAGCUCCUCUCCUAUCUGCAGCCUAUAUUAUAGCACUGUAGAGAGAGCUGGAUUCAAAGGGCAAAAUGUGAUUUGGAGCACAGACGAGUAUGCAUGUAGCACCUGUCAGGAACAACUGCAUCAGGCUGGUGUGAGACCUCAGAAAAAGAUGUGCAUCACAAAUCCCAUUAAGACCUUCAAAUCUAGAUCUCUAUGCAGCCUUACUCUAUUACGUUGUAAUCUUAAUGUAACUAUAGUUCAGCUAUGGAUAUAGAAAUAAGUCACCCAUUGUCUGAUGAGUUAUCCCAUCCCAUACCUCAUAUCUAUAAGCCCCAUAUAUAGCUGUACUUUUGUGGCAUAGCAUUUGAAAGGCCCUUCUCGAAAACUCAUUAGCACAAGGGAUAUGCCUCCUCGUAACCCUAAAGGAUCCUUUUGAAAGACUUGUACAAUUGCUUCAAAGGUCAUUUCCAUCUGUGUGGGCAUGCACAGCUGCUUUACUUGUUAGUCCCAGUUGAAGUAUCUGGAUAUGCAACAUGCACACUCAGGCAGCUGGGAAGCAGCCUGCAACCUCUCCAGAAGGCAUGGAUGAUUGAAUGCUUUGAAGAGGCCUAAUUGACUCAGGCCAACACUUAAUUAUGCACUUCUUCUGAAUACUUUGCAAAAUCUUGCCUUGUUACUUCAUCAGAGCUGUGGAUUCUGUGUUCUUAAUCAGGGACCCUGCUAACAUACCUCAUUCUUUGAAAGGGAAAGCAUUUUCCUUUGGCCGUUUCAUUUCUAUGUACAAUUCUACCAUGUAUAAAAAGUGAACAAUGUAAUAAAAAAGCAAAAUAUUAUGAUGAAUAUCUCAGUAAUUGCCUACUAUGCCUACUUUCAUAUUUGAAAAGUCUAUGCAACAAUACUGAGGGAAAAAUAAAGCAGGUGACUUUUAUUCAAAUAUAGUAAGAAUUAUUUUCACAAAGUUCCAAUUUUUGUAAAUAAGAACCACUGUUAAUGUCUAAUAUAUACUGAGUUUUUGUAGAUUGAAUAAUUGCAAAACAGUAACUAACCAUGACCUUAUAUACACCAAAUUUUUUGGUGUGCGUUAUACUGUAAAUAAAAAUGUUUUGUGUUACAAUUAUUUCCAAAUAUAUGUAUUUGACAUGUAUUUAAAAUUGUGCUAUUCUGUAAUACCCUGUACUUGGCCUUUUAUAGUUGUGGAACAGCAACCUGCUUAUACUUGUGAUUUUUACAGGCUUUUUUUCUGUUUAUGUUACAAUUGAAACAGAUGGUUGUAUCAAAUGCAGAGAAUGACUGUACACAAUAGUAGUUCAAUAGCUCAAAAGUAUGUACGUUUAAUAUAAUCUAAAUUGCAAUAAUGUCCAGGCCAUUUAUAUGCCUGACAAAACAUAUGUGCUGCACAAAUUAUACAUUUACUCCAAAGGCAAUCCCAUUAUAUUCAGUUUCAUUUAUUUCCACAUUUGGUGUUAAGCUGCUGCUGCUAAUUGCAGUUAUUUCCCAUUGUGUGAAAACAGUUACUCAUUUUAGAAGCUGAACCUCCAUCAUACCUAUGCAACACAUUGCUUGAUCUUUGUUAAUGAAGUUCUUUCAUUUGUGAAGGACUCCAAAAUGGUUGGAAUCCAGAUAGCAUCAUCCUAAUCCUAAUGAAACUUUAUUUGCACGCAUAAUUUAAAAACGUAUCUGAAUAUUAACUCACAAAAUGUAUUGGUCACUGAAUUAUGCUGCUGUAGUAUCUGGUUCUUGUGCAGUCCUGGAAAUACUUUUGAUUGCACUGUAGCCUAGUUCUUAAAAGAUUCCAUCCACAUUUGAGAUCAGCACCUUCCUGGAAAAUUUAGUGCAGGGCUGGACAACACAGAUGCCUCAUGUGACCCUUCAACAUCCCAUUUGCAAAAACCCAACAAACCUGACUAUGCUUGACAGCAUGAUUUUUGUUUUGUUUUUAAAUACUGUUAAAAGUGGAAGUGGAAAGCCUCUGGAAGAUAAACACUAUUUCUACCAUUAAUCUGCCCAAAUGACCAGAAAUUGUAUCACUUCGUGUGUGGUCCCCAGGCAGCCUUCUAGCUGACCAAGGAAGAGUGCAACAGUCUCCAAUUCUGGGAAAGCUGCCCAUCUCUCUUCUAGCACAUUUUAUUUCACUAUAUUAUCAUGUAAACUAUCAUUUUUAAAACUCAUGGAAAUUUACUUUUGCAAGAUCACAAGAGUGAUUUAGCAACCUAUGAGUUACAAGAAGGUAGAACCAAGCUUACUUUCUGGUUUCUGACAUGAGAUUUGUCCUUUAUAACUUUCCUGUGCUAUAGAAGAAUUUAACUGAAGAAUGAAACCCUAAAAAUAUCAGUACUUCUUUUCUUCUCAAUGGUUUUCUGAAUAUUUAGAGAAGUACUACAGGUUAGAUGGCAGCUAACCUCAUGAAACUUACUGGGUGAAGUCUUCAGUUAUGCAAAACUUUGAACUAGGGACAGUAAUUCUAAUAGUUUGAUCAUUUUAUUGUACUUAUCAAUGUGCUUUAUGAACAUACUGUCCUACUUUAUUGAAUUAUGUUAAUCUUUAACUUUCAUUCUUACAGUACUGGAGUGUAUCAGUAGAUAUUUUAAUGUGUAUGUAUUUAUAAGUAUGUGUGAUUUGUGUUGAUGAUUGCUUAUAAAUGAUACUUUUUAAAGCUACUAUGUUUGGUAUGUAGCAGGAUAUAAGUGAGGGUAAACAGCAUGUGUUUGUAGUUUAUUUUGUAUAAUUAAUCCAAGGAACUAAACCAUGUUAUAAACAAAUUAAUUUUUAGUGUAAUCUUUGUCCCCAAAGCCAAAUUCAGAAUAAAUGUUGCUAAUUUGCAUCA